AAUAUUCUGGAAGAAAAUGGCUAUUUGUUUGGUAUUUAAAUUAAUCAUCAGGUUGGUUGUAAAUGUUGUUAUAUACAGGACAAAGGCCCAAGUCAGAGACCUGCCGCAAUAUGGUCAUAAACAGUGGCAAGCAUAUUUUGGUCGAACUUUUGAUGUGUACACCAAACUUUGGAAAUUUCAGCAACAACAUAGACAAAUUUUGGAUUCAAAAUAUGGCUUGAAACGAUGGCAAAUAGGAGAGAUUGCCUCUAAAAUAGGCCAACUUUAUUACCAUUAUUAUUUGAGAACAAGUGAAACAAACUAUCUGAAUGAGACGUUUUCUUUUUAUGCAGCAAUUCGUGCCAGAGGUUAUUAUAGUAAAGCGAGUAAAGAAGAAAGAUCAGAUCUUAUGGUAAAAAAACUCCGUUACUAUGCACGUUUCAUUGUUGUCUGCCUCCUGCUCAAGAAAAUGAAAUUAGUAAGGGAUUUAGUAAGAGAACUUGCAAAGCAAAUAGAUGAUUAUACAGCUACUUAUGAACCAGAAGAUCAGUUAGAAUGGUCAUUGGUACUAGGUGAAAUCAGAUCAUUUAUUGAAGCAGAUAAUCUUGUAAAUGUCAUGGAUGUGGAUUCUUCUUCCAUUGUAUUGUCGCAUCGUCUUAGUCCUUUGAAUACACCUCCAAUUGAAAAAUUGCCAUCCAAUCAUUUAACUCUUCAAGAAAUUCUAAUUGUAGGCAAUUGUUGUGACCAGGUAAAAUUUAGCGAACUUACUUUAGAUAUGUUUCGUAUGCUACAAACUUUAGAAAGAGAACCCCAAGAAGACACUACACAAUUGUAUGAUGCCUCUCCUGCACCUGGAAGAUUGCCUUUUCCAGAAAACGGUGAACAAAGACCUCUGAAGCGUGAAAAUCCACACAAAUAUCUUCUGUAUAAACCAACUUUCAGUCAAUUAUUUGUGUUUUUGGCAUCAGGAUUUAAAGAACUUCCGCCAAAUGGUGUAUUAUUAUUAUAUUUAUCAGCUGAUGGAAGUUUUUCUAAUAUUAAACAUCCUGAUGACAUGGGUUACGAUUAUGGAGGUGUCGCCACCAACAGUAAGCGUGAACCAGAUCAUGCAAAUAAAAGAAAUAUUCAGUUGAAAGAUAUGCAUUGUUUAUUCCCAGGCGAUCUGUAUCCUUAUACCCGUAAACCUUUAUUACUGAUUGUCGACAGUGAUAACAGUCAUGCCUUCCAACACAUACCUCGUUAUUUUGGACAACCUGUGGUGGUACUGAUGUCACCCGAAGAUGUACCAGCUGCCUUCCGUGAUCAACAGCACAAUGGCAGUCUGUUUACUCUGUUUCUUCAUAGUCCAUUAACGGCAUUAUGUUUUAUAUGCAAUAUUGUGGAUAUUCCUAUAACACUCUGGGAGAAAGGUCAAAGCCAUAUGGAUCGAUUUAUGAGUGAAGCUAGUCGUUUACUCACUAGGUCUCGAAAUAUUGAUCCAGCUUAUUUACAGUUUUAUGGAGAUGACUUCUUGCGCUUGUUAAUUUUAAGAUUUAUAUUUUGUCAUAUUGUCUUAAGGUUACAUCGGCUCUUUAAGGGUCAUGGCUUUUCUCCUCGUUCACAUCCUCCUUUGCCUGAGAGUGAGUUGCUCGAUCAUCCCAGUCUAAGACGAGCAGUGUUAGAAUUAGCAGCAGCUCUAGACAUGCGAUCUUUCUUUGUUGAAACAGACGAUGCCGACUGA